AUGAUCGAGGUCGUCCCGUUCUUUCACGUGCUCGCGGGCAGGAUCGAGCGCGAGGUGGGCGCGGCCGGCGGAGGGGCGAGGGAGGUCGUGGCGACGACGUUGGUGGCGUACGCGCUGUCGAGCGCGAUGACGGGCGUGGCGUUUUUUGCGCUCGGCGCGAUGAGGAUGGGCACGCUUAUCGGCUUCUUUCCGAGGCACAUCCUCGUCGGAUGCAUCGGCGGCGUGGGCGUGUUCCUCAUCAUCACCGGGCUGACGGUCAGCACGCGCAUGGCGGACGAUGAUUUCGCGCUCGACUGGGCGACGUUCGAGGCCCUCUGCCUGAACGCGCACAACCUCCUGCUGUGGGUCCCCGCGUUCGCGCUCGCCGCCGUACUCAGGGCGAUCACCCACCGGUGGCACCACCAGCUCGUAUUCCCGCUCUAUUUCAUCGUGAUUCCGCUGGUGUUCUACUUUGUCGUCCUCGUCGCCGGGCUCGAUCUCGACCACCUCCGGCGAGCCGGCUGGAUAUUCGAGAAGGGUCCGUCGGGCGAAAAGUGGUACCGGUUCUACACGCUCUACGACUGGAACGCGACGCGGUGGGGCCCGUUGUGGUCCACCCUGCCCACGCAAUUCGCAUUAUUGUUCUUCAAUAUAUUGCAUCCGCCGUUGAACGUGCCGGCUUUGGCCGUGUCGCUCAACGAGGAUGUGGAUACGAACAAGGAGCUCGUUGCGCACGGGUACUCGAACGUGCUCGCCGGGCUGUUGGGAACUGUCCCUAAUUACCUCGUCUAUGUCAACACCUUGCUAUUCUAUCGCGUGGGCGGCGACACGCGUAUAUCCGGGUUCCUCCUCGCACUCGCGACCGCGAUACUGCUCGUGAUCGGUACCGGCCCCAUCGCGUACUUGCCGGUCAUGGUCGUCGGCGCUCUCAUCUUCGUCCUCGGCAUCGACCUUGUCAAAGAAGCGCUCUGGGACACACGGCAUCGCGUCAGCAGGAUGGAGUACAUCACCAUCGCGAGCAUCAUGGUCGCGAUGACCGUCUGGGACUUCGUCAUCGGCGUCUUCUUCGGCAUCGUCGUCUCCUGUUUUUUCUUCGUCGUGCAAAACUCGCAGAGGCGCAGCAUACGCGCGCUCUACACCGGCGAGACGGUGAUGUCGACCGUACGUAGGCCGAGCAGCCACCGGGAGUACAUCCGAGAGGUGUCGAAGCAGACGACGAUCAUGCAACUGCAAGGUUUCCUGUUCUUCGGCACGAUCACUCACGUCGAGGAGACGAUCCGCGCGCUCGUGGACGGCCCGGCGUGGCAGCGCGCGCCGGUGCGCUUCCUCGUCGUCGACUUUUCGCUCGUCGCGGGCGUCGACAUGUCCGCCGCGGAGGCGUUCGUGCGCGUGCAUCGGGUCCUGCGCGCGAAGGCCGUCAGCCUGUGCCUGUGCGGAAUCCCCCGCGGCGCGGUCGAGACGUCGCUCGCGAGCGUGGGUCUGUUCGAGGCGGAGGGCGUGCGGCUGUUCGGGAACGUGAACGACGCGCUGGAGUGGACCGAAAACGCGUACUUGAGGACGUGGUUUGUGUCGCACAAGGUUGAGACACCGGCCAUCGUUCUACCAGGACGACAAGACACCGACGACGUUCUUCAAGGUUCGCUGUCCGCCACCCCCCGCCGGAGUCAUAUCCGCGAUGCCGGCUGGCGGACCAUCGCGCAAGAUUAUACGAUCGACCGUCCCGUCGACCAGGACAUAGACGCCAAUGUGCCAGAGCCGCUCUCGACGCUCGAGAAGGCCUUCGCCGCGCACGGGCCGCUCGACCGCGCGCUGUUUGCGCCGCUCGCGGCGUACCUCGAGCGGCUCGCGUUGCCCGAGGGCGAGGUGCUCUUUCGGCAGGGCGAUCCCUCUGACGCGCUGUACCUCGUCCAGGAGGGCGUGCUGCGCGCGAGCUACCGGUUCGCGGGGCACGCGCCGCCGGUGGAGGAGAGCAUGGUGCCGGGGACGCUCGCGGGUGAGCUGAGCGCGCUCAGCGGCGAGCCGCGCAACGCGACCGUGGUGGUGGAGCGCGCGGCGGUGGUGUGGAGGUUGAGCACGGAGAGGUUGGCGACGCUGCUUGAGGAGAGGCCGGAGCUCGGACGGGCGUUUAUGAGGCUCGUGCUCAAGAGUGAGUCGACAUUGUCUUCCAUAACGUCGUGUAAGGUGACUAACAGAACCGUCGGCAGCUGCCAAAAUCGAUUAUGA